AUGACUCACUUGCAGGCAGGUCUCUCCCCGGAGACUCUGGAGAAAGCCCGGUUGGAGCUGAACGAGAACCCCGACACCUUGCACCAGGACAUCCAGGAGGUGCGGGACAUGGUGAUCACCCGGCCCGACAUCGGCUUCCUCCGCACCGACGAUGCCUUCAUCCUGCGGUUCCUGCGGGCGAGGAAGUUUCAGCACUUCGAGGCGUUUCGCCUCCUGGCCCAGUACUUUGAAUAUCGCCAGCAGAACCUGGACAUGUUCAAGAGCUUCAAGGCCACGGACCCGGGCAUCAAGCAGGCGCUGAAGGAUGGCUUCCCCGGCGGGCUGGCCAACCUGGACCACUACGGCAGGAAGAUCCUCGUCCUUUUUGCUGCCAACUGGGACCAGAGCAGGUACACACUGGUGGAUAUUUUGCGGGCCAUACUUCUUUCUUUAGAAGCCAUGAUAGAAGACCCCGAGCUUCAAGUGAAUGGAUUUGUUUUGAUUAUAGACUGGAGCAACUUCACCUUCAAACAGGCCUCCAAGCUCACACCAAGCAUGCUUAGAUUAGCCAUAGAGGGCCUUCAGGACAGCUUUCCAGCCCGGUUUGGAGGAAUACAUUUCGUCAAUCAGCCGUGGUAUAUCCAUGCCCUCUACACAGUUAUACGUCCCUUUCUGAAGGAGAAGACACGAAAAAGGAUAUUCCUGCAUGGUAAUAACCUCAACAGCCUGCAUCAGCUAAUACACCCUGAGAUCCUACCAUCAGAGUUUGGAGGAAUGUUGCCUCCCUAUGACAUGGGGACGUGGGCAAGAACACUGCUUGACCAUGAAUACGACGAUGACAGUGAAUGCAAUGCGGACUCCUACAACGCUCCUGCAAAGGAUAUAGAAAAAGAUCUCUCUCCCAAAUCCAUGAAAAGGUCUCAGUCGGUUGUGGAUCCUGGGGUGCUGAAACGCAUGGAUAAGAAUGAGGAAGAAAACAUGCAGCCUUUGCUUUCACUUGACUAACAGUUCCUGAGCAUCGGACAUGAACUGAGGUGGAAGGCACUGCCUCUCAGCAACAAGCAAACCGUUGGGAAAGCGUGUACCAGCUGGAAUCCUAUUUACUCAUGUUAAUGUAGCAAAAUGGCAGCAGGCAGCAGGUUUUACUAUUCUGCCUGAAUUCUGGAUGCCCUGGGGUGAAAAAGAAGAGGAGAAAAAAGGAAAAUAAAAU